AUGAGUAAAUCCAGUGAAAUGUACGGGUUGUCUAACGACAAUACCUAUUUUGACAACGACAUUACUCAAUCUUUUAAUUGCAAUAAAAUAAACAGUUUACGUAAUACCAUAAUGAAUGAUUUUAACAUCAAAUUACAGGAAACUAAUUCUAAUGAUAAUUUGACAACUGGCCGAAGUGUUGUCAAUGAUACGAUGACCUUUAGGACCUUGAAAUCAAAGUAUCUACUGAGACAUAUUAACAAAUGUGCUGUCAUUUCCUACGAAUUCUUCAAGGUUAAUGAUACAUGUUCAAUCUACAUUCCUUCCGCUUGGGAUAAGGUCAACAAAAUUAAAUUGUCACUACCAGACCUGUACCGAAUACUGAAGAGAUUGUUAUUCUACUUCGAGAUCAAGCAUGAAUCUAAGAAAAAUUUUUCUAAGGAUGAAUUUAUAGACAUAGCUAACCAAUAUUAUGACUGCAUGUUUACUAUUGAUAAUGGGUAUUUUUCAACACUGAUACUGCCAAAUAAUCCACUAAUAGAAUAUUUUCAUAGGAAUAAUGAAUUUUCAUCACAUGAUAAUAUUAAAAUGCCUAAAAAUAAAGAAAAUUCAUCGCAACUGUAUGAGAAAUGCAACAUUCCAUAUGUAUCUGAAUUUGUCAAUAGAGACAAAAUUCAAGCCUUUAUAGUACACAAAAUUAAGGAUAAUUUUACAAAAAUAACUGAUAACACCGAUAACAAACAUAAAGAAUUUGACAUUUUGAAUAUAAAGAGGAAUAAUGCUGACAAAUAUGAUGUGGACAAAUGGUCAUUGAAAAAUAAUAGGAAUAGUAAUGUAAAUAAUUCUUAUGUAACAGACAAACAGUCGACGUUAAAGCGAAUAUUUUCAUCCGUUAAACCAAAAGGUUCAGCUAGGUCCAAUAUCGACUCUGCCAAUGAUAAAUGUUAUUAA